AUGAUUGCUGCGUUGCUCUUACAGCUCUUCACUUUGGUCAGCUUGGCCGCCGCUGGAUGCACGCCUUCUAAGAUAACGGGCUCCGGUUUUAAAGCCGUUGGUUAUAGAUAUCCAUUGGCGUCUAAAGCAGGAUGGGACACCAACUUUUUGCAAACCGGUUACAAGGCCGGAGGAGAGUUUUUCACCAUCAAUGACCUUACAGACAUUGAUUUCCUGUUCACCAUCAAAAACAACAGACUUAUCCGCGAUACCCUUUAUGGCCAGUAUAUGACCAUUUCCAACUUCACCAUCGAGUACUCUGGUUUUUUCAUUCCAGACACUGACGGUUUGUACACCUGGAACAUCGAUAACGCCGAUGAUGGUGCAGCCUUAUCCUUUGUCUCCGUUGGUGGUUGUUGUGAAGACCCUACUGCAAUUACAAAUCAAUAUGAUAUUAGUACUUUGCGUGGUUUUGCUGGUGCAGGAGAUGCCUCCGCCAAAUCCACUUCAGCAAACUUGGUCGCUGGAAACGCUUAUGCCAUCAAGAUCGUCACUUUCAACUGGAACGGGCCCCUGGCCUUGGCUGUGUCCUACACAGACCCAUCGGGCCAAAAGGUGACACAUUUCGACCAUAUUCAUCAGGUGGAAUUUGACAACAACAACAAAUGUGUUCCUCCUCCAAUUCUUACCACCACCACCACCUACGGCACGAACAGCGAACACCCAAAGACCGGAACUUACACACCAGCCGACUGUGAACUGCUCCAAACAUGCACUUCUUACGGUUGUUCCGCCACAAGAAACCACCACUGUGACUAG